UCAUUGUCUUCAAUCAAACACUAAACAAAAUGGAACAAAACCUACCAGUAGUUGCAAAGAAAGUAUGGAGUUUGGUCCGUUUGAUGCUCUUCAUGCUAAGAAAAGGAGUAUCCAAAAGAAAACUAUUGCUCGAUCUCAACAUGAUGAUAAAACGUGGCAAGAUCGCCGGAAAAGCCUUACAGAACCUCAUGUUCAACCACCACCAUAACUGGUCGUCGGCUUCCACCUUCAACCGCCGUUCACACGACUUCACCAUCCCUCCGCCACCAAGAACUGACGACUACGAAUUCAGUUGCAGUAACACACCCACUUACCCACUCUCUUUCUUCAAGAAACACCAUGGCAAAAAGAUCUCGCAAAAGAAGUCGGCAGCUGCGGCCGGAGAUGAUCAUGACGAGAUAAUUGUGAAUGCGGCGAUGAUAAAGGCACUGGAGAUGGUGACGAGCGCCACCGCAUCUCCAGCGGCAAUGAGUGGGUUUGGAAAGAGUCCGAUGGUUAGGCAGUUGAGGGUAACGGAUUCGCCAUUUCCGAUGAACAUGGGGGAGGAGGAUAGCUAUGUGGAUGAGGCGGCGGAGAAGUUUAUCAUGAAGUUUUACAGCGAAUUAAGGCGGGAAAAUUAG